UAUGUGUAUAUAUAGUUUAUUCAAAGGUGUUGACCACCAUAAAUGAGUGAGACGGUGGGAGACCCUCUCCGUACUUGAGGCCAAUAUCACAUGGAUCCUGUCUGCAAUCUCUGAUUUCCCGGAAGACGAAGAAGAAGAUCUAUUCGCUACUACACCGAUCUCAUUUCAACUAACAGCUUCUGGAAUCUACCAUUCUUCUUCAGUCUACGUGUUUUCACACACACACACACACACACACACACACAACUCAACUGACAAGUAACAAACACCGUUCGAUUCAGUGCAGUGUUUUUGGAAGAAACUAGGAUUUAGUAGAGCCAGACGAUGCAAUGCAGGUCUACUAUUCACCACAGUUAGGAUCUGGAAACAAGAAUUCAUCUUCGUUCCGUAAUUCCGGUGCAUACACUAGUCCCGGAACUCCUGAUUAUGGAGAUAACACUAUGUUAGGGUUUCAAAAGGGAUGGUGUUCAGAAAGAGUACCAUUGAGCAAUAGUAGCCGGAGGCAUAUCAGUGCGGCAGCACUGAUGCCGUUCAACAGUCAAAGAACACUACCGUCGAAAUGGGACGAUGCCGAGAGGUGGAUUACGAGUCCGGUGUCUGGUUUCGGGGGUUGCAAGGCGUUAGCAACGCCGCCGCAGAGACGGGCCAAGGCUAAGAGUGGACCGUUGGGUGGGUCGCCUGGUGUUGCUUACUUUUCAAACUACUCGCCCGCUGUCCCAGUGCUUGAAGGUGGGAGUAACAUGAGUUUUCUUGCAGGUUCUCCGCUUACAACCGGAGUUUUAGUGCCGGAUGGGUUACAGCUUCGUAAUGCGGGUGUAGUGAAUGCUGCUCAGCAGUAUGGAAUGAUUCAAUCUACUAAUGCACCUGGUUGGUCUGAGUUGUUAAUUGAGUCUGCAUAUCCUGAUUCUCAAGAUGAGAAGGAAGAUGAAAAUGGUGUAUCGCGUGUGGCUUCACGGCGGGAUAUGGCAACCCAGAUGAGCAGUCCUGAAACGUCCCCUACACAUAUACCUCCACCACCGGUGGAACCCAACAACCACCAUUCGGCAAGAUUGGAAGUCCGGGAUGUCCAGGUGGACAAAGGAACCACUACGAUUAAGCAAUCAAAAAGACACAAAACGAAAAUCAAGAAUACUCGAUCACCAGAGGUUAAUGACUUAGCUUUGACAUGGAAUACUACAGAAGGAGCAAUGAAAGUGUCAAAGCUCGAGAAAGAGGAAGCAAGGAUCACGGCUUGGGAGAAUCUGCAAAAUGCUAAAGCCGAGGCAUCGAUCCGGAAACUUGAGAUGAAACUGGAAAAGAAAAAGUCGGCGUCUUUGGAUAAAAUAUUGAACAAACAUAGAGCUGCGCAAAUGAAAGCCGAUGAAAUGAGAAGGAACAUGUCAGAGGAUGUUUCUCCAAGAACUUCCCGCAAAUUCAAGAGCUUACGUAGAUUUGUCCCAAAUUCUCUCAAAGGCUGCUUCCAUCAUCAUGGAUCCUAGUACGUGUAAGAUCAGCUCUUAAACCAUAAUCUAGAAGUCAAAUGGUCCUCAGUUUUGGAAGAUAGAAAAGAGGGUAAAUAUGUUAGAUCCAAUAUGCGUCAUUGGAGCAAGGUACAUGAAUGAUAUACCUGCUAUUGUAAGCGCAGGUGUUUGAAUUCAUGCUUUGUAAUCUCCACAUAACAUGAGUGAAACUGUGAUUACUGAUGUAGUGCGAUUAUAGUCUGUUGUACCCGCACCUUGGAAAUGGAUCAAAAUUGCCAAUUUUUAAGAAAAGAGUAUCGAAAAUGA